AUUUAACCGCCACUUCAUUUUAACCAUCGUCUGCUCCGACAUGGCCACCGCAUAGGAGCGUGUAGCCGCCGCGACCGUCAGCCGGGCGACGAGGUAGCAAAGGACGAGGAGACAGGAAGCUGUUCACACGGACGUCCAGAGAGACGGAGGGAAGGAUGAUGGCGGCGACGGAGGAGAAGCCGGGCGUGAAGAGCAGCAGCUCCAUCGUCCCCUGCUUCCUGUUUGUGGAGCUGGUGAUCAUGGCUGGGACGGUGCUGCUGGCUUACUACUUCGAGUACACGGACACCUUCCCCGUGCACGUCCAGGGCUUCUUCUGCUACGACAAGAGCUUCUCCAAGCCCUACCCCGGCCCGGACGAGAGCAGCAAGAUCCCCCCGGUGCUCAUCUACUCGCUCGUCACCGCCGUCCCCACUCUCACGAUCCUUCUUGGAGAGCUGUGCGCCUUCUUCACGAAGGCAGAGGGAACCCAGGAGAAGACCAUCGUCACGGCAGACUGCUGCUACUUCAACCCCCUGCUGAGGCGCAUAAUUCGCUUCCUGGGGGUCUACGCCUUCGGCCUGUUCACCACCACCAUUUUCGCCAACGCCGGCCAGGUGGUCACGGGGAACCAGACUCCCCACUUUCUGUCCGCCUGCCGACCGAACUACACGGCGCUGGGCUGCCAGUCCACCAUGCAGUACAUCACGGAGCGCCGCGCCUGCACGGGCAACCCGCUCGUCGUCCUGACCGCCAGGAAAUCCUUCCCGUCCAAGGACGCGGCGCUCAGCGUCUACUCAGCAGUCUACACAGUGAUGUACGUCACGCUCGUCUUCAAGACCAAAGGCACGCGGCUCACCAAGCCCACCAUCAGCCUCACGCUGCUCUGCCUGGCCAUGCUGGUUGGCGUGGUCAGGGUGGCGGAGUACCGCAACCACUGGGCGGACGUCCUGGCGGGGUUCUUCACCGGAGGCUCCAUCGCAGUGUUUCUGGUCACCUGUGUCAUUAACAACUUCCAGCAGCUGCUUCCCGGUCCUCCUCCGCCUCGACCUCAACGCCCCGACUCCAUGUUGGGCAUGCCGAUGGUGACGCUGCCCUGCGUGGAGAGUCCACUCGAAAAGUUAAGUGGCCCUCAGACUCCGCGUGGAUCUCCGUUCACCGAGGUCACAUGACCAUCAGCCCUAUCGGUUCCCCGCCACCCCCGAUGUCCUCAUACCGUCUCGCUCCAUUUCCAGCGAAGUCUAGACCAGCCCGAGCAGCACUCGCCGCGCUGCGCCGCUCACCCGGCCGGGCGGUACGCCACGCUGCACCGUUCCUAUUCCACGCAGGUCUAGACCCCCCCCCUAUACUUCCAUAGGUGAAAUAAAGCACAUCACCCUAUUGCCCUCUUGAACCCUGGGGAACCGAUAGGCUAAACUCUUCUACGACCCUUUCUCUUUGCUGGAUUUCCAGCGAAGUGAGACUCUGA